AUCCGUCGUCCUCCCUCGAGGCACCGAUCCAGCGCUAUCGCGAUACAGAGCCGACGGGUACGCCAGACCACAAUGAGAUAGCCCUCCAAUCACCAACAUGUCUUUUACGAAUGCGCCAGUGACGCGCUCUCUCGUCCUUGGCUUGGUGACGAGCUCCAUUGCGGCCAGCCUGCUAGACGUCAAGCACUACUUCUACAUCGUCGUCGAUACCCACCUCUGGCGGUAUCAUCAAGUUUGGCGCCUCCUGACGUACCAGCUAUGCUGCACCAACUCAAGCGAGGUGCUCUUCGCCUCAAUGACCCUUUACCAGCUAAGGGUCAUUGAACAGAUAUGGGGCUCGAGGAAAUAUGCCUCGUUCGUAGCUGUAUCUGCGCUCUUCACCGCCAUCAUACCUCCCGUCUUCUUGUCCCUCGUCCUGCGUCCACUGACGGCGGGUCUGUUCAACUACAUGCCGGCUGGACCAACCCCGAUUAUCUUUGCGAUACUGGCGCAGUACCACGCUGUGGUUCCUCACAUCUACAGAUACCGCGUCGCAGCUUCGUCUGCGCCACCUACGGACGACCCAUUUGUCGGAUUGACCUUCUCGGAUAAGUCAUACCGCUAUGCCCUCGCAUUACAGCUGGCCCUCUUCCAAUGGCCGGGCUCACUGCUUGGGGCUGUCAUUGGCUGGGUUGUAGGAUACUCGUGGAGGAACGACUUGCUGCCAGGAGCGGUGACCAAAUGGCGCCUCCCGGGAUGGAUGGUUGGGGUCAGGACACAGAGAAGUCGGAGCGAAUUUGAAGGCCUUCGACGGCGGUUGGAAGGCGAAGGCUCGUCUGCCACCGCAUCCGGCGUUCAGGGACAAGUCGACGGGGACUCUGGGCGGAGAAGACCGGCGGGCCAGGGCAGACGUGAGGACUGAAUGGCAUGGAUCUGCAGCCCAAAGACACAAGCAGUCAUUCGUGAUCUAGCCGUUUACGAAAAACAUUUUCGGACGUAUUCCGACUGGCGGAGCGGACUGCCCUCAGGCCUGGGCUUUGUCAACUCUCGC